CCUCUCUCACUUCCCCUUCGUCCCGAUCCGUUUGCAGCGCAAUCCCACAGCACGCAGCUGACAACGACGACUCCACAUGAUCACGUGAACUGUCCCCUUAACGCUUACUAUCGUUUUGCUCUCGGCAGAUGCAUGGCUGAACGCCCUUCGGACGUGCACGGCCAUCCCCACGUGCACUGUUGGCGUGCAGUGGAGGGCGGCCGAGCAUCCCCACCUCGACUCCCCGAGCUGUUGCCUUGUUGUGACCAGGGAGGUAAUGCGGUGCAGGCCGAGAGCGAGACGCGCAUGCGGCCGGAUGCCUCCCGGAGGCACCUGAGCUACCGCGGCAUCCGGUACCGGAGCGGCAAGUGGGUGUCGGAGAUCCGCGAGCCGCGCAAGGCCAGCCGCAUCUGGCUCGGCACGUACCCGACCGCCGAGAUGGCGGCCGUGGCCUACGACGUGGCGGCGCAUGCGCUGCGCGGCACCGACGCCGUGCUGAACUUCCCCGGCGAGAUCGCCUCGCGUCCGGCGCCAGCCUCGGCCUCUCCGACCCAUAUUCGUGCGGCGGCCGCGGAGGCCGCGGCUUCACUGGUGCCGAAGCCUGCUGCUGCUUCCCAUCAGCAUCCAGGGAGCUACAUAGACGAGGAGGAGAUAUUCGACAUGCCGCAGUUGUUGGUGAACAUGGCCGAGGGGAUGCUGAUGAGCCCACCAAGGCUAAGCCCGCAUAGGUCCGAUGACCCGCCGGAGCUCUCCGAGGAGGUGAGCUUGUGGAGCUAUCCGUAGAUAUAUGUUGUCGUAGCACAAUAAACAAAGAGUUACGCUUAUAUCACCUAUCUAACACCUUCAUGAUGUGCUUCCCUAGGGCUUCAUUUUCAUGGAGAUUACAUACAUGUAACGCUAGUCCGUAGGGUUCAAAUUUCCCCUUAAUCUUGGGAAAGAAUGUUUUCCUUUCUACCAGAUUGCAUAUGGGAAUUGAUAUAUUAUUAUUUGUCUUCUUGGUUGCAUGUGCAGAUAAACUUCCACUGCCA